AUGAGACAGCAGAGAGUCUCUGUGAGCAGUCUGUUAGUGUGUCACGGACUGCUGUUGGUGGGGACCAAUCUUGGGGUCACUGUGGCCCUGUCCGUGCCCAGACUGCAGGGCAUCCCAAAAGUCACAGGUCGAGGAAUGGUCUCUUUUCAUGCUCACCAUGGCCCAGUCAAGUUCCUCACGAUGGCAACAGCAGUGUGUAAUGUCUCCCAAGCAACCAUGGCAACUCUCACCUCCAGCACACCCAGCCAGUGCCAGCCUGGGGCCCCCGAGGUGGAGGGAACCCAACUGGACGAGAGCUGCUCUGGGGUGGGGUGCAGCAGUACCAGCUCUCCCUCACAUGCUCCAGUUCUCCAGGACUCCCUGUCCUCCUCAUGUGGGUCUCUGGCUCUGUCUCAGGGCUCUUUGGAGCACGGCUCAGAGGACGGGGCGAUAUACGACCUGCUGAACGAGCCGGCGCACUUCCAGAAGGCCAAGCAGACUGAGAAAGUAAAUGUGAGCUCAUUGUUGGUGGUGUCUGGAGGACUGGGACACCGCAGAAUCAACAGAAAAACAAAACAGUCUAAGCACGAGGAGAUGGUGUCCACUAUUAUGGUGUGGCAAAUACCACUGCCCAGCCUGUGAGAGAAAAAGAUGGAGGUAUUCAGAGAAUGGCCACUGCACGUCAGAGAGAGCAGUUCCUUAGACUGACCUUGCAUUCAGUCAUGGGCUGACAGGGGGGAAAAGAUUAAUGAAUGAAGGGGGAAAAAAAGAAUGUGUUCCAGGAAUGAGCUGAACUACCAAGUACUCGGUCAUGCAUAGUGUUUUACCACUUUCACCCGAAUUAAAAAGUGCAUUUGUGAAAAUGUGAGUACCACUGCAGUGUGAUAAUAUUCAGGUCUAAUUGUGGUAAUAUAACAUUUUUAACUGCUACAUAAUUACAUUUCACAAAAAAAGCAACAACAACAAAAAAAAAGUAACAGAACAUCUAGCCAACUAGCAAACAGCAGAAAUGUUUCUAUCGUUUGUCACAUUUUAAACAUGCUUUCAGUACCUGCAUCUGUUCAGCUCAUCAUUUAAUUUCAGUUGUUUUUCUUUAAAGAACAUUUCAUGAAAGGAAAUCUCAAAAUGUUUGUUUCAAGGAAUGGUUGUUCUUGUAAAAGAAAUCCUAAAACGUUGGUUGAAUCUGGGCCCAUCUGAGGUAUAUGACCUUUAGAUUGGCCUCUGUGAUCAGCUACAACCUGUGACUGAAUGACUUGUAUGGGAUUCUCUGGCGGGCCAGAGAUUCUGUUUGGGUCCUAAAGUGAAGUUGGUGUCCUAUGUUACAAGUUCAAGAAAAAUAGCAUUCCUCCAUAAUUCUAAUUUAAAGUUAAUGCUUAUCAAUAUUUAAAGGUAUGGAAAAAGCUUUAUAAUGACACAUUGUGAUAUGUAUUUCUGACUUGUAUAUUAACAAAUAUAUACCAUUGUUUUAA